AUGCUGCUUCACCUUCAUACAUUUUUAUUGGACAAUUUGGACAAGACCAAUAGAUAUCAACAAUUCAACAAGAAAUUGGUUGGAAUUCAUGGGGUACAAUUAUAUCCUGGGCUAAUGGUUACUGUACACAUUCAUUUACGGAACCAGGAUGAGAAAUUAUGA